AUGGCGACUACCGACGCUGUGAUGAGUGAUCCUUCAUCAAUGACCCUCGACUCCCCUGGUCCCUUUUCUUUACGUCAACGAUUCAAAAUCUCAGAUCUUCCUCUUGUAAAGGAAAAGCGCUCCGCCAUCGAUACCCUCCUUCUCAAAUUCAAAAAACAAGGCGGUUACGACAGUCUCCGUAAGCAAGUAUGGGCAGCCUACAAUACCUCCGAUGCAAAGACUGCACUCACAGAUCAGAUCCACGCCAUUGCGGACGCCGAGAUCGAGAAAGACCCAAACCUACUAAGUCGCGAACGUGGUAAAGCUGCAACACUUAUUCAGGGCGCUGUAGAUCGCAGUGGACUUUACCAGGAUGUCGAGUCAAGGAUUGACACAGAGAUCGCAAAACAUCUGUCUACCGUACUAGACGCGGUUAGAGACAUCCGAAAAGCAGACAUCGGCGACGACCUUGCCGCCCAGGAGGACGCACAAGGUAGCAAGACGGACGAUCAGUACAGACAAGAAACUGAGAACCGGAUCAUCGAACGAGAAAAAAAUAGAGCCAGAAUGGAUCAACUACUCCGUGAGACAGCUGAAUUGAAAGCGAAGAUCAAGAUGGAGGAGGAGAGGAAACGUAAGAAGGAAGAGGCGAAACGUGAAGAAGAGGAGAAGAAGAAACGAGAGGCUGAAGUCGAAGCUCGAAGACUAGCCCGUGAAAAGCGGCGCAAGGAGGAUGAAGAGCGCGAGGCGGAGAGGAUCAAAGCCCGAGAUGAAAGACAUCGAAAACGUGAGGAAGAGAGAAAGGAGCGGCAGGCACGAUAUGAGAGAGAACGUGACAGUGAAAGAGACCGCCAUCGAGACCGAUCCCGUGGUCGGGACAGAGACAAGGACCGGGAUCGUGACCGGUCGCGAGACCGAGAUCGAAAACGAACUACUGAUAGGAGAGACUCUCUCAUCGAGCCAUCUCACGGCAAGGAGAAGAAAUCCCCUGCAACCGAACAGGAUCUUGAAGCUACUGCACUUGAACUGUUGUUGAGUGAGGGCAAGAAACUUGCGGAGAAAUCGAAGGAGCGACGAGAGUACGAUUUUGAGAAGUCUGAAAUACAUCACAGCUCUCGGAAAAUUGCUGGAUCCGAUCACCAUUCGAGGAAGCGAGAACGAUCGAGGGAUAGCUAUAAACGUGGCCCUGACCGAAGAAGCAGAUCUCCCAGCAAACGAGUAUCUGUUCAGGAACAACCAAAGACCGAGACAAAGAUCCCACCAAAGACCGAGACAAAGAUCCCACCAAAGGCCGAACCAACGCGUCUACGAACUCCCAGUAAAGAGCGUGAAGAAGGCGAAGCUCGAAGUCAACGAGAUUCCCCCGUCGCAACCAAAGACAAAGAAAAAGGACCAGUUCGCGAGCGCAGACCCCGAUCGGCAUCACCAGUUGGAAUCGAUCGCUACGUUCCAGGUGGCGGUACGCACCGCACAGCAGAGGAACGAGAACGUGAUCGAGAACGGCGCAGAACGAGAGACGCUGAGCGGGAUCGUGACGGCGACUCGAGGAGGAAAUAUGACAGUCAUCGAGUAGAUGGGGAUCCAGACAAGAGUCGCGAUGGGGACAAGGAUCGGGACAAGGGUAGGGACAAGGAUCGAGAAGAAUCUCGGCAAGAUCGCGAUAGGGAUCCAGACCGUGACCGUGACCGUGAUCGAGAACGCGACAAAGAUCGGGACAGAGACAGAUAUCGUGACCGGGAACGCGACAGAAGUCGAGAUCGGGACAGGGAAAGAGACCGAGACCGAGACCGCGAUCGAAGUCCACGACGUCGUGAUGAUCGUCGGGAAGACCGGCGGGACAGCAGAGGCGAUACCCGACGUGAUGACAAAAGAGACGAUCGUCGAGACGAUCGAAGGGACCGGAGAGACGAUAAACGGGACGAACGACGAGAUGAUCGAAGGGACGACCGAAGGGACGACAAGCGAGAUGACAGAAGAGACGAUCGAAGGGAUGAGAGAAGGGCGGACCACCGUGACGAGAGACGUGACGACAGGCGUGAUGAUCGGAGAGACAGAGGUGUUCGCCGCGACAGAGACAGGAGUCCUGCUCGUCGGGAUCGAGAUCAUGUCCAAAUUGAUCGCUAUGUGCCUGGACGCUAG